CCUCUCACAUGACAGGCAGGGCAAUGCGGAAAAGACCCGGGGGCCAAGAAAGAGCGCGGAUACCUGGCCCCGUUUGCGAGCUGAAGAAGUGCGGCCCGAAGUUCCUCGCGGUGGGGGCCUCGCCUUAACUCCUCCCCCGCCGCCCCCCCCCACAGGUUUGGAAAGCCGCCGCGACUUGGAGACGCCUUUCCUGCAAGCUGCGCGGCUUCGCUGCCCGACGGAGAGGCGCUGCGCCGGCUUCCUGGCCGGCGAAGGUGCCGCUCGAGCUGGUCUCGGUUCUGGGCCCUCCGAGAAACGUUGCCCUUCUGAUCGGAAAAGUAGAGGGCUUCGGAGCCCUUGGCUGGGAUCGAGCGAGCGGGCGGCUGAAACCCUUGCACUGCACUGCCUCUUUGAACUUUGCGAAGCGAAAACCCUGCCUGCAAGGGGAAAGGAAAAAUUAAAUGCGAAAAAAGUGCCUAUUCGUUUUUAUCCGCUUCCCCCAGUAAUGGAAACUUAUGCGCUCCACGUCUCCUUUUUUUUGUAAACAAAGAGAUGCUUUGCAGACGCCGACUCUGGAGACGUUAAGGUUGGGCCCUCCUGGUUUUUUAGCGGCUGGCGUGUGAAUGCGCAGGGUUUUUUUCUCUGUAAGGAAGAGCGAAGUGUCCAGUUUUUCUUUUUUUCGCGUGGAAGAAAAUAAAAGUGUUUCCUUUUCUUCUGCCCUGUUUUUUUUUAACUGUUCCAAAUCAUGGUGGGCCAUCACGACCACAUGUUCAAAGUGCUCAUUAUUGGAGAUGCCACUGUUGGGAAGACGUCGCUGGUCCAGAGAUAUGCGAAUGAUAGUUUCAACAAACACUAUAAAUCUACGGUAGGAGUGGAUUUUGCUCUGAAGGUGGUGCAGUGGUCAGAAUCUGAAACAGUGAGACUGCAGUUGUGGGACAUCGCAGGUCAAGAACGCUUCACAUCUAUGACACGGCUAUAUUAUAAGGAAGCAUCUGCUUGUGUGAUCAUGUUUGAUGUCACUAGCAUGAGCACAUUCACCAGCUGCCAGAAGUGGAAACAGGAUUUAGACAGCAAGCUGAGGUUGCCAGAUGGGAGCCCUGUCCCUUGUCUGCUGCUGGCUAAUAAAUGUGACCUUUAUCCCUGGUCUGUGACCAGAGAAGAAAUCGAUCGGUUCAGCAAAGAGAAUGGCUUUACUGGCUGGACUGAAACAUCUGUCAAGGAGAACAAGAAUGUAAAUGAGGCGAUGAGAGUCCUUAUAGAGAAGAUGAUGUCAAUGAUAUCCUUGGAUGAGAAAGAUAUCUCUCUUUCAGGCCGUGGAGAUUACAUCAACCUAAAAGAUGCCUCCACAUCCAACUGGGGCUGCUGCUGACUGUUUGUUGUUCUUCAUCAGAUGAGAAGUCAAGAGUGCUUUUCACUUAUUUGUAAUUUUAAUGCAAUAGGAAAUGUUUGAAUUUCUGUGAACAGCAGUGGAAGAGAGAAUCUCUCAGCCUAGCAGAUAUGACUCAAACUACUGUUUUUGCUGCUGGUGUUGACUGUUGUUGUUCCGUUCUGCAUCACCACUUGGAUUAGCUCAGAAAGCAAGAAUAUUUUACACAUUCUAGCCCUGGACCAAUUGAAGAAAAGUUACCUCUUCAGUUUAUCAAAGAUUCCACGUCAGGAAAAAAGAUUGCUGGGACCUUGUUUUGUCAAAACAAAACAACAACAAAAGUAACAUUAUCAAGCUGUGUUUGACUAGUAUGCUUGCAAAUUGUUCCUUCAGUUGCACUUUGAAACCAGCUGCCUUUAAGAUACCGUUUGUGCUUUGGACUGUGACUAUCCUUCUGUGUAAUACAGGUGCACAAUUGUCUUACAACAGCUCAUGUGGAGGUGCCAUUUCUUGCCAUGAGAAGCCUACUGUAUUUUGCACUCUGACCUUCCCACCCCCCUUGGUGUGAUAUGGAACAUACAGUUGUCAGCUCUUCUCCUGAUGCCUUUGUACAAGAGACCCCAGGAAUAAAUUGAGGCAAAAGCUGUAAAAUGCUUUACACUGAUGCACCUUAUUAGAGGACCAGCAGUAUUCUUUGCUUUUAUAACCUUUCCCUCACAUUGUCUGAUUUUCCUCUUUCAGAUUCUGAUGAAUUACUUCCCUUCAGCUGCCUACUGUGUGGCUAUAGAUAGCCAUCAUGCAAUGCUAUCUGAUAGCCCACCUAUGGGUUUUAGUGAUCUUAGGGGGAAAACAGAAUUGGAGGCCCAGCAGGACAAAAA